CCAAAGGAGAGAUUGUGGAGAGAAGGCUUUUAAAGGAGAAGAUGGAGUUUCACACACCCCCAAUUCCUACUUCUGUCAAGGGAGGACUGCCCGACAUGAUGGCCUUUUUCACAACCCCUGUCUUCUUCUGGCGCCCAGUUGGUGUGAUGCAAGCCAAGAUCCGCUGCCCUGCUCCAACUGCCCCGCACCACCAGGUGAAUACCUUGAGAAGAAAGGUUUUGGUAGUUAUGCCAGGCAAGUGUGUGGGAUGAAGUACAAUUACACCCUGUUGACGGAGAAGCUGAAGUGUUCACAUUGUGAAAAGAUGAGGCGGGCAGUGAGUAAGACACAUAGUGACGCAGACGGUGAAGAUGAGGACAGUCAUCAUGUUCAACAGUACAUUUGGCUGGCACACAGUCCCAAGAGUCUGAUGAACUUGGCCCCGGCCAUCAGAAGCAUGUUUCCUGCCAUACUGUGUGGGAAGCGUGCUAUUGACAAAGGUGUGGUUACUCUUCUGAAUGACAGGGUCAACAGUGUGUCCAUGAACAAAGUUCAGAGACUGCUGCAGCAGGGACAUGAUGAGUGGUACGUGGAGCACCGUGACCUGUACCAGACUCUCCUGUACGAAGCCCACACAGCUGGAUCUGCAUCGUCUCAGAAGAGCGUCCUGUCCUUUGUCAAAGCUGCUGGUACUUACACCCCUCCUCUGCCCCGGACUCCCCUUCCUUCUGCCCGUGUGCUGAGGCGUGCACACAUGAUCAUGGAGAUGGAGAAGAUGCCUGUGUACAGAGCCUCAAUCCUCAGUGUGACUGGAGAAAUCCUCUGCAUUGAUGGUGCAAAGAAGGUCCUUCAGAAGAUAUAUGGUGAUGGCCAGGGCACCAUGCAGUAUAUCACCAGUGUGCUGAACGAGUGGGCCAGUUCUUGACCACGGUGGUGGUGGC